UCUCAACAAGCCUGGAUAUUCAAUGGCACUCUUCGUGACAAUAUUCUAUUUCACCGUCCUUAUGACCCAGAGCGUUAUUCUACGAUCCUAAAGGCUUGCGCACUUGAAUCUGAUAUUAAACUAUUACCUGAUGGAGAUCAAACGGAUAUAGGUGAUAAGGGUGUCAAUCUCUCUGGUGGUCAAAAACAGCGUGUUAGUAUUGCACGAGCCUGUUAUGCGGAGGCAGAUGUCUAUCUCUUUGACGAUCCAUUGGCUGCAGUUGAUGCUCAUGUAGCUACUCACCUCCUCACUCAUGUGUUCGGCCGAGGCGGUCUUCUGUGUGGCAAGACCCGUAUUAUAGCAACCCAUCACCCCAUCGCUAUUGCAGCUGCUGACAGAGUUGCUGUUCUAGAGUCUGGACGCCUGGUUGAAUUUGGUAGCUAUGCUUCUUUGACUGGACGUACUAGUCGAUUGAAUGACUUCUUGAAAAGUGAGGAGCUAAAGAAACGCCUUUUGUCUGAAAGUGAGGCUGUGUCUGAAUCCGUUGCUGCUCCUACUGAAAAAUUAGUCUGUCGAAGGCGUGGUACUUCAACAGAUUCUGCAAGGCCAAAUGUUAUGGUUGUGCCUUGCGAUCUUACCGAAUUGACUCCAAUGGAAGAAUCUGAGGAAUUAGGAACUGAAGUAGAUACGGAAGAAGAUAUUAAAUCAAUCUCUUCUACUGCUUCCGAUGAGGAGGAAUUUCAUUCUAAAGACAUCGCAUCUGAAGUAAAGGAGGAACCUCAUGAAAGACAGAAACCCUCGACUGAGGAGACUUCUGCGACUGGACGAGUGAAAUUCGCAGUGUUCUGGUUGUAUAUCUGCCAAGUAGGAGUAUGCUUUGUCAUAACGGGUGUAGUUAUGAUUCUACUCAAUCAGCUUUCUUGGUUGGGUAAUAAUUUGUGGCUAGCGGAUUGGUCGAAGGAGAAUGCAAACAGCGGCGCCGAUAAUUACACAGCCCCACAACCGAAGUUUGCAAUCGGAUUGCGUUUGGGCGUUUACAGUAUUAUUGGCUUGUCUCAAUUUAUGUUCACCCUGUUUUCGUGCUUGGCAUUGGCCAUCGGAAGUGCCCAUGCUUCCAAACGCCUUCACCACAAUCUUCUCUCUCGUAUUCUUCAUGUUCCGACUGGUUUCUUCGACCUUGUUCCUCAUGGUCGAAUCAUGAAUCGUUUCUCAAACGACGUAUCAAUCGCGGAUCACCACUUGAUGAUAUCAUUUCGUUCUAUGACCAAUACGUUAUUCGGUUGUUUGAUUACCUUUGCUCUCUCUGUUGUUCCCAGCCCCUACAUCCUCAUCUUCCUGGCUGUUCUCAUUGCCUUUUACGGCUUUAUGCAGGUCAUCUUCGUUGCAACUCGGAGACAAUUACAGCGUCUAGACUCUGUUAGCAAGUCGCCAAUUUUCUCUCAUUUUGCUGAGACGCUUCUUGGGACAGAAACUAUUCGAGCCUACGGACUGUGUGACCUCUUUGUAAGCACCAAUGAUGCUCGUAUUGAUGCAAAUAACCGCGCUUUGUACAGUGUCAUUACUGCCACUCGUUGGCUUUCAAUGAUGUUGGAGACAGUAGGUAACCUCUUGACCCUGGCGACAUCCAUGGCCUUCGUAACUGCAACACGUGAAGGUAGUCUGGAUCCGGGUCUAGCUGGUCUGGUCAUCUCCUACACUCUCAAUUUUACCCAAGGUCUCUCAUGGUUUGUGCGCAUGUCUGCGGAGUUGGAAACCAAUGUUGUCUCUGUGGAACGCAUACUCGAAUACUCAGAACUUGCCAUUGAGGCGCCUUGGAAAGUUCCAGAUAAACAACCUCCUCCACAAUGGCCUGAAGGGGGGAUCGAGUUCAUCAAUUAUAGUACUCGUUAUCGUGAAGAUUUGGACCUUGUUCUCAAAUCAAUUUCAGUCUCUAUUAAACCAAGUGAAAAAAUUGGAAUAGUUGGACGAACCGGUUCGGGCAAAUCUUCACUGGUUUUGGCUCUCUUCCGAAUCAUUGAACCGACGGGAGGAGAAAUACGUCUUGAUGGAAUUAAUAUCUCUGAGAUUGGUCUUCACGAUAUUCGAGGAAGAAUUACUCUUAUUCCACAGGUUCGUGAUAUUCACAAGAAAGUUUUCUUGGUAUUGAAUACAUCCAUAGCACUACCAGAUCAAUAA